CUGAACAGCAUGGACAUUAAGAUGGAGUCACAGACUCAGGUCUUGGUAUUCGUAUUGCUCUGGUUGUCUGGUGUUGAUGGAGACAUUGUGAUGACCCAGUCACAAAAAUUCAUGUCCACAUCAGUAGGAGAGAGGGUCAGCAUCACCUGCAAGGCCAGUCAGAAUGUGUGUAAUGCUUUAGCCUGGUAUCAACAGAAACCAGGGAAAUCUCCGAAACCACUGAUUUACUUGGCAUCCAAUUGGCACACUGGAGUCCCUGAUCGCUUCACAGGCAGUGGAUCUGGGAUAUAUUUCACUCUUACCAUCAGCAGUGUGCAGGCUGAAGACCUGGCAGAUUAUUUCUGUCAGCAAUAUUAUAGCACUCCUCCCACAGUGCUUCAGCCUUCUACACAAACCUCCUUGAGAGUUUAA